AUGUCAUCACUAAACCCGAAACCUAACACCAUCAACCAUGAUGCUAAACCGUCAUUGGACUUGAACCAGUCACUUGACUUGCACGAAAAGGAUGCUAUUGAAGAUCAACUUGAUGACACACAGGUACCCGAUGGUGGAACACAGGCUUGGCUCGUUGCAGCUGGAGCAGCCUGCAUCUUCUUCUCAUGCCUCGGCUUUGCCAACUCAUUUGGCGUAAUGCAAGAGUAUUACAUGAGCCAUCAACUCCAAGGACAUUCGGCAGACAAGAUAGCUUGGAUAGGCUCGAUGUCGACAUUCAUUCAAUUCGCUGGUGGGGCUUUAGCUGGGCCCAUGUUCGAUCGCUAUGGUUCUUGGAUUAUCCAGCCAGCAGCUGUUGUAUACGUUUUCGCAACUAUGAUGACCAGUUUGUGUACUGAGUACUGGCAUUUUAUGCUUGCUCAGGGUGUUCUCAUGGGCACCUCUAUGGCGUUUCUCCAGAUUCCAGCUUUUGCCGCUCUAUCCCAAUAUUUCGACAAGAAGAGAGCAGCAGCCUUUGGAAUCGCAGUGUCCGGAUCUUCGAUUGGCGGCGUCAUAUUUCCUAUUGCACUAUCCAAGAUGUUGAACGACUCAUCUCUCGGGUUUGGAUGGUCUAUUCGAGUCAUGGGCUUUGUCAUGAUACCACUGAUGACGUUCUCCAGUAUCACAGUUAAACCACGAUUGCCAAGCAGAAACACUUCACUCUUUCUUGGGGCUGCUUUCAAAGAUCCGCUGUACUUACUUAUCAUCGGUUCACUAUUCUUUCUCUUCAUCGGAAUGUUUGCUCCCUUGUUCUUCCUUCCCUCCUAUGCCGUCUCGCGGGGCAUCGACCCAACUCUGGCGUCCUACUUCUUGGCCAUCACCAAUGCUGCAUCAACUUUCGGUCGCAUUAUCCCAGGGAUACUCGCAGACAAAUACGGCCGGCUCAACAUGUACUCUCUAGGUGGACUCAGCACUGGUAUUGUCAUAUUGUGCAUGAACGGAGCCAAGACCACGACAGCCUUGGUUGUGUAUGCUCUUGUGUUUGGAUUCACAUCUGGCACAAUCAUUUCAGGGGUUUCGGCUGCCUUUGCGCUUGUUUCCAAGGACCCUCGGAAUAAUGGAACAUACAUGGGAAUGGGCUUGGCUAUCAGCUCCUUUGCAGCUUUGGUCGGCCCGCCGGUCAAUGGGGCCCUUGUUGAUCGUUAUGGUGGCUUCUUCCAGGUUUCUGUUUUUAGUGGCGUGGUGUGUUUGUUUGGGGGAUGUCUUGCGGCUACUGCUAAAGUGAUGACAAAAGAAGGGAUCUGGGGCAGGGUCUAG